ACUUUAUAACAGAACGUCAGCCCUGGCAUCAAUCUAGUCUGAGAGCGACUUUGGGGACUGACGGACUACCGCUGUUGGACUCUUUUGGAGAAACUUGCUUUUGCUUUUUGCAAGCUUGAAACUCUUUUUCUUGUGGGAAUACACGCGCUAAAUAAGUAAGUGGACUUUGGUCACUUUUUAACUUCCUUGUAUUCAGCUGCUAUCCUCGCGGAUUAAAGAAGGAAGCACCUUUUUUUUUAACCGGGAUAUCCACCGCUCCAUUACGCACAGAGAUCGCAGGAAACCUUUCAUUAGAUUUAAUUGAAGACGUGAAACAACAGAUUUGGUGGCAUUUCAAUCUGCUGUCUCAAUAGGAGGCAGCAAAGCCAGUAACAACAUGACUGUGUAGAUGACAGAAGCCGGAAAAUGAAAGACAGGAGGGGGAAAGUGGCGCAGUUGGAAGAGACGAAUUCAUUGAAUUUACAGAAACAGAAAUGCAACCUCUUAAAGUUAUUCCUGUCUCAAAAACUUAACGCAAAUUCACAUUAAUCUAAACACCAUUUAUCCACAUUAGUUUCUCUCACUUGUUAUUAAAUGUACUAGUAAGUUGAAGCAGUUUUAACGCAGUCCAGAUAUAGCUUCUGUUAAAGUCUGUCCGUGCUGAACGUGCUGCAGCGACACACCCAUGUCCCAACUCUCUGACAUCCACACACACACAUACACAAACACACACACAAAAUCACACUCCCUCUCUGACAGAGACCCUCUCCUCUUCUCAUUGCCUUCCAGAUCGUCUGGAAAGAUGCUGCUCCUACUACUGGGAAUCAUCCUCCUGCACGUCGCUGCUCUGGUUCUCCUGUUUGUGUCCACGAUAGUCAGCGUGAGUAAAAACAAUGUUCUCCCCUUUUUCUUUAAUAUUUAAUGAUAAAAUAUAGUCAAUAAAUCUUUAAAACACUCUGCAAGAAUCUAAUACAUGCAGUAGGAAAAUAAUGUUUUUUACUUUAUCACUAGAUUGGAGUUAAUUGUUGUUUUAGAGGAUGUAAAUCUAACAUUUUUCAGCUCUGUUUUCAAAAACACUUGUUAAUUUGAUCUCUAUAUUGAGUUGGAGAUGUUAUAUUUAAGAUUUCCAGAUCUAAUUUUACUCCCAUCGGUGACCGUGUUGUUUGUUUGCCAUCAGGUAUGGACGUCAAGUGAGACCAGCACCUCAGACCUCUGGUACAACUGCUCUACUUCCAAUGGAGGAUACCACUGUGACCCUGCAUCCACUGGAGGUCAGACACCUGCUUUGCACUUCACUUAAAACUACUCUGAUGUGACAAAACUUGAUAUUUUGCUGGCUUUUAGUUUUGCAUUGAAGCGGGUUUAAAUCUAUUGGAAUAGAGGCUCUGAGCUGUGUAAACCCACAUGCUGAAAUCCAACAUUUAGCAUGUUGAUGAUGUGGGUGUGUCGCAGCCCCCUCUGGGACUCUGCUGCCAUCUAGGGCAGAGAAUGUGGCGGUGCCGUCUUGAGGUGAGAGCUGAUAGGCUGCCGCCGUAUAAAUAGUCGUGGUGUGAUGUCCAUAUUCAGGUCUCAUGUUGGGGAGUCCAUAGUGACAGGAGUUGGGGAGUUGUGGAAGAGGAUCUGGGUGGGGCUGCGGAGUAUUUAAAGUUGUAGAUGUGUCAGUGUGUGUGUGACAGAGUGUUUGAAAGCAGGGGAGACCUUGGACUACCUCAUGCAGAACAUAGCAUGCUGCUGCUGCUGCCGGGUCACGCCCAGUGUCAGAUCAGAGUGUCCAGUGUUAGUUUGCAGGGAUCAUUAGGACAAUUUAAGGCAGCAGCUGCAGCCUUUAAGAGAUUUAUUUAGACACUCAGCCUCCUCUAUGUGUUUGAAAAUGGAUAACACUCUUCACCUUGCAGAAUUUUUAUCAUUCAGGAGUGAAAAAUGAAUCAACAAGUCCGUGCUCCAUCAUGGUUUAGCAGCAGCAUGUUUGGUUCCUAACUGUACGGUCAGAGAGUUGCAGGAGCCGCUGCCCACAGCCGGGGUGAUGUCAUUUGUCUAGAAUGAGCCGUGCUCAGCCAGUGUGUGUUUUGUCAGGCCGGCAGCGCCUGCAUACUCUGCCAGGUAGUUUGAUGGCGCAGCCAGUUUGUUUGACUUGCUUUCAUUAGCGCACUGACGCACUGUGUUUAUUUAAGAAGGCGCGUGUGCUCUGUGCCCGGGCUUUGCGAGAUGGAAGAUAGGGGGUCUGAUCUCACGUGGGAGCCGAGUCUGCGUCUGACCGGGCUUUUCUGAAGCUUUGCUGAGCAAUCAAGUUCAUUAUGCGGUGACUCAGAAUCAUGAUAAUCGCGGUUAUUUUUAGGGCUUUUCUUGGGAGUUUAGAAGAAGUUUCCUGUAAGUUUGAUGACGCUUCAACGAGGAAUAUUCCAUCAUAGCUAUCACAUGCCAGACUCUGGAUAUAAACAUCACAUCCCUACAGCCAGGAAACAUCCAACUCUAAAUUUAGCUGUGUAGAAGACUGUCUUUUCCCCUCAGCAUGGCUCUUCUAUACAUAAACAGCAGAAUAAAAACAGCUUUAUUUUGAAAGUGCGCGACUCUUGGGCACUGUGAGGCCUCAGGAUAGAAAGUAUUUACAGAUAUUUUCCUGUUUUGAGUCGCAGAAGAAUCCUUGUGCGUUCCUGCGUUGAAAUAACACUCUCACGAAUGACAGCAUUCAUAUAAAAUUUGGGAUAUGAUUCAUACUUGCUUAUCUGGGAUAUUCUGGGCCUGGAACGGCGCCGCACGCUAGGAAAUGCCCCCUUGUCACUGUGUCCUGCUUGUGGCCGGUGAAAAGAGGAAGGAAGGAGGAGAAGAUGUGUGUUUAUCAGAAAGCAGCGAUGAUGUAUUGUCAUAUUUAUAGGAGGGGCACUAUUCAUAGAGCAGGGAUGGAACAUUUCACCCAUUUCUCACAGCGUUAUCAUUGUAUUAUGUAACACGUGAAGGCAGGAUCAUUACAGUGGAAUCUAAUUGUUGCUCUGGUGUGGUAUUGUGCUGCAUGCACUCUUUGGAUGGAGAUUUGCAGCGGAUCACGUUUCCAUAUCUCAUCCUGGGGCCAAUAAUCACGAGGGAUGAUAUUGUAGGUAACCGGACUCCAGAGUCUGCAAUCAGUGAGAAUGAUGUGAGGGAUAUUUUCCGGGAAAAUGGUGCAAUUCUGCUUAAAGACGUCUACAGAAGAAGAAGAAAGAAUAAGCUAAAGGGCUUUGACGUGUUUUUAUUUGACUCUCAGAGGUUAAAUGUGGUCAGUGGAAAUGUUACGAUCGCACAAAGAAAGCCGUCUUAUUCCUCAAAUAUACUCUCUGUUUUACGAGAGCUAAUAAAUUAUGAAUCCCGCCUUUAUUUUCCAUGCUUUUAGUGCCCCCAUUAAACCGCAACAUGCAUUUGAUUUACAUAAUUCAAGGGAAUCAAUAAACUAAAGAUGCCUGAGGAUGUUCACAGAAGCACAUCAGACAUUUGAAUGUCAGAGUUUGGAGUGUGUAUACAGAUGGAGCCGCAAUAAAAUGCCCACUUUUUAUUGGCUUGACUGGAAUAUUCUCAUGCCGCGAUAAGGCAGGAGACUUGUAAAAUCUUUGGUCGCAUCCAAACAGAUCAAGUACGUCCUUCACGGACAAGUACCUUGGGUGGAACCAAUAUUUUAUAGCAGGGAUGGCGCUGAAACAUGGCAGUAACAGCAGGCGCAACUAAAACCAAGAGUUGGGUGGAUACAGAGAGGGAGAGACGGUGUUCUUAGGUAACCUGAGAAGCCCAAGAGGUAGCCUGCAUGACCCUCAGACAAGAAAUAGACGCUGCUCUGAAGUCCUGGGAUGCCUCGCAUUGUGGGACGAAUGAAGCACAGAUACAACGAGACUCCGAUAGAUCGCAAAGGUAGUCUCUUCUGUCAAUACAGGUAUCUAAUGAGUUAAUGGCUUCUAGCAGCCAGGCCUUGGAGACUAACAAACAAUCAAUGAUACAUUUAGUGGUGGGUCCUCCAGUGAGGGGGCUCGCCAAGCUUUUAGGAACAAGAUACCCAGCUUCCAUUGUUGUGGAUCCAUUACAAAUCCCCAGAAGAAAACAAAGCCCAGGCUAACUCGUUAUGUUCUCUUUGAGAGGAUGCUGAAGUUCAGCACAGACCAGGCCAAUCAAAGCCCACUUUGGCGGUUAUUUUUGGUAAUGUGUUUCCCCCUUACCCUUCCCUUCUCUUUAGCUCAUUAAGUUAGUGUUAAACGCUUUUGGAUCAUGCCGAUCAUAGGUCCAGUUAUUGACAACACUCUCUCGUCUUCUUCCCCUUUGCAGAGUGGAUCCAGGCGGUCCAGGCCCUCAUGAUCCUAUCCAUCAUCUUCAGCUGCCUGUCUCUCUUCCUGUUCUUCUGCCAGCUCUUCACUUUGCAGAAGGGCGGACGCUUCUUCCUCACUGGAACCUUCCAGAUCCUUGCCAGUAAGUUGGAUCAAUGUCUACUCUUCUUCGCAAAUUCAGCGACAACACAACUGAUAUGGGACAGACAAAACCUGGACAUGGUUUGUCUCCUUUCUGUUAUGAAUGAAUGCCAAGUGCUAUCAUAUUACAAGGGUCAAUCCAAAACACAAGGGUAUUCAAUCGCGAAUUACACAAAACAGAGAAAGGCAGAUUUCUCUGACAACCAUUACCUAAUUACCGACCAAAUGACUGAUCUUUUGAGCCCAACCCUGUGGUCAUCUAACAUGGGAGCACUUGUAUAGUCAGGAAGAUAAACAAAUGACAGAUGCUCAAACCGCCUCUUCCGUUGCCAUGAAUUGAAUUAAGAGAGUCUGAGCCAGUUCCUAAUGGUUUAAUGCCCCCACUUGUCUAUUGUACUUCAUGCCCUUUUGCUAGCGAGUGGCUCCACCGCCAGUCCAUUGUAUCCUCUCUUGGCAGCCCUUUCCACCAUCCCAGGUUUUUUUGUUCUCUGCUUGUGCCAGUGCAUUGACUGGUACCCAGGUGCCCACUCAGCCACACAGGAAUGACGCUGGGCCGGCCGCCAAGCUGCACCAGUGGAAAUGUCAGGAAGGCUGGCACUGCGGGGGUCUGACAAACUGAUCAUGCCUUGUCCGACCAGGGAGGCAGGCAGUUCGGCAACACUCGCAAAGACGGGAUCGAGCUCGAUAGGCAUGAAUCACCGUGAUAUUUUUAACAGGGGUUCCUUUUGAGUGGGGCUGCCCCUGACAAAAAAACUUUCCUUUGUAACAAGGGUUUGGUUGUUUAAAACUACCGUGAGGGAUUUGGUCAUGAAACAGACUGAAACUUCCAAUGAUGCAAAAAAUUAAGCUGACAUCCAAAUCAUGUUUCCACUUAAAGGCAAGCCAACCAAAAGUCCAUUCGUUUGCUGGGGAAUUAGCCUCCCAUUAGCGGAAUUUCCCUUGAUUGUGCUCAAAAAAUUGAACGUAGGUUUAGUUCCUUGAAUUUCUGCAAUGACCAGGUCAAUGAAAUCUUGGCUGAGAUUCCAGUGAUCAACUAGCGCUCGAUUCCAUAAGGAGAUCCAUUGAAAAACACAGACCAGUCAACGCCACUGCCAACAAAGGGUUCAUCACAGGACACAGCAGAGAGCAGGAUGUGGAGAUGAAACCUGAUCCGAUAAUUGGUCAGGAUCAUGGCCAACAGUACUCAGUGCUUACUUUUCUCCUGUCCGCAGGUUUGUUCGUGAUGAGUGGAGCCAUCAUCUACACAGUGACGAGUCCAGACUGGGUGGCGCAAACGGACACCUUCGGCUACUCCUACAUCCUGGCGUGGGUGGCCUUCCCCUUGGCGCUGAUCAGCGGACUCAUCUACGUCAUCUUGAGGAAGCGAGAAUGAGCCCACAAUCCAUCCCAGUGUUCCCAGUAACCCCCCUGUCCAACUGCAAAAGUCAAGACCCCCUCUGAAGUUUAAGUUCUGAUGCCUGAGUACCAGUGGCCGGUGGAGCCACCAGGCCAAAACACCCAGAUCACAGAGAGGGGGGUAAUCCAAAAAAAUUCAAAGUGCAAACCAACACAAAAUCAACCAAUACUGUCUCAGUUAAAAGAUGUAUAUAGUAUCUAUGGUUUAAAACCUAUUUAUAACACUUUUUACAUAUAUGUACAUAGUUUUUGUGUUGCUCGUCAGAUACUUGUAUGAGCUUUGUUUCAGCUGAUUAAGUGCCUUGUGUUUGUUUGUAAUGAUGAAAUAAUUAGAUGCUAUUUUGUUGUGUUUUCAUUCUUUUUUUUUUUUGUUUGUUUUAAUUGCCAAAGAAUUAGCGAAAAGACAAAAAAAGUUUCUUGAAUUAUAUUAACCAAAGUGCAUGUAUGGAAAUAGAAGGAUUAGAAGAUUUCACUGACGGGCUUGCUUUACAAAAGAGUGGUGACAUCUAUGGACAUAGCAUAGCCACGAGCUCUAGAUUUGGUCCUUUUCUAUUCGUGAAUUUGCAAGUUUCAGUGUUUUUGUUUUUGGUGUUUUUCUAUUUCUUAUUUUCAACAACAGAUGGUGCUAUGUAUCUAUCAUUCCUCUUACUGAUAGCAGUCAUUUACAGCAGAGUUACUUUAUCCGGUAGAGUCCGACAGCUUGCUAUCGAGAAUCCAACAGAGGUGCCUGACUGCUUCUUUAGGGAACACAGCCUGAUUUUCUUUCUCCAUCAGCUACUGUAAAACAGAAUAUUUCAGUUUGGGAUGGUAUACCGACUGAGUACAACGUCAUUUGAAUGUCAGUAUUACGCCAGGGUUGUAUUACAGCAAAAUUACUUCUUAUAAGCUUUGUCUUUUUUUAUCGAUUUCCUUUAGUUUCCCCUUAUUUCGGUGUCUGUGUUCACCUCACAUCAACGGCUGAGUCUCAGAAGGCUCUACAGCCAAAACCAUCCCCAAAGAUAAUAAAAAGUACCUUUUAACAAUACUACAAACAUCUACCACAGAGUUGAAGCCAUACGAGAAAAACGCCUUAUGAUAAGAAAAGCAUAUUUAUCAUUAACUCUGUAUGUAAAAAAAGGACAGAGAUGUUCGCAGAAAUGAUACAAAUGUCUGUUUCACAUACUUGAAGUUUGACAUGCUGCAGUCUCUGCCCACUGACGUCUAGAUGUUUUCUCUUCUACUGUAUAAAACACUGUUUAUAUGUUGUGCAUAACAGAUGGUGAUGAAAACUUAGCCUUAAAACACUCACUUACUCAAUAAAGAAGACUCUCACAUUAUCUAAUAUUGUGUACUCCACUGUUAGAAGGGACUGGAUUCGUGGCGUGAGGGCAUGGAAAUCCCCUCAUGCUGGAUAACAAGUCAUCUUUGAGGCUCUCUGAAACAUGUUUAUGAGCUUAAAGUGCCGCAGAGGAAAAAACUGACACUUAACAAGCGUGAAUAUUAAAAUGGCAGCAAAUUCUGAACCAUUUGCGGCGAUGAAUCUCUUUCCAUCGGCGGCAGCAGGAAGUUGAUACGCUGCAUGAUCAAAGAUGUCAGCAACUGAAUUGUAAAUUCCUGUGCACUCGCCAAGCAAGUCUAUUUUACAGUAUGCUAUCACACUCUGGUAGAUCAGAUCAUCUGCCCCCUGCGCAUGGACUUGCAAAUGCUGUAUGUGACUACUGCUAUCACGCACCGGGGCGAAGGCACGGCGGUCUGCACCCGAUGCCAGUUAUUCGAAAUAUGCAGCUAGCGUUUCAGUGUCAACAGUGUCUCAACGGUGUCUCCCAUAGCAUCAGUAAUAAGAGGACUUGGACGUGGCGGGUCCGUCCUCCACUUGACAUCUCUGGCGAGACCCUGCAGCCUUCCAAAAAAAAAGAGCUACGAUGUGUUGGAUGAAAGUGUUUAAUUCAGAGCUUACGCUAGCUAGUCUGCUGUGGUUUUGUAGCAUGACGCUCAUUUCUGGGGUUCAGUUAGAAGAGGUCGACUCUGAUGACAACUGCCCUGCAACUGUUUUGUGUAAGGAGACGAAAUGUCAAUGCCAUGUUUACACCUAAACUUCCAAAUGCUCUCAAUAUUACCAAAGCUACUUUGAGUUGAAUCAUUAAAGGAUGUUUCUUACCACCA